AUGACAGCUGACUUUGCUUAUGAAGGAUGGAGUGUCAGAACAUUGACAGACACCAUGAGGACAGCCAAGGUUUCAGAGUCUGCAGUGGAAGCAUUUACAGAAAAUGGGAUAGAUGGCAACAAACUGAGGACUAUGACAGAAGACAAUUAUAAACAAAUGGGGCUAAGUAAAUUUGGUGACUGGCUUGAUGUUGAGGAAUUUCGUGAAACCUUACAGCGUCAGCCUGCAAACAACAACAAAGUCUUUCUCGGAAAUCCGAAGAUUUUCAAUGACCCAAUACAUGGGAAUAUCCUUCUGAACCCUGUGUGUCUGGCAAUCAUCGAUACACCACAGUUUCAGCGUCUGCGUUACCUGAAACAACUUGGGCUGGUGUAUUUUGUUUAUCCUGGUGCCGCUCAUAACAGAUUUGAACAUUCCCUAGGAGUUUGCCAUUUGGCUGGUCAGUUUGUACGAUCCCUGAGAGGUAGCCAGAAAUAUUUAGGAAUCACUGAUCAAGAUAUUCUCUGUGUUGAAAUUGCUGGACUUUGCCAUGACCUUGGUCAUGGUCCAUACUCGCAUACAUUUGAUCAGAUGUUCAUCCCUGCAGUGAUGCCAGAAAGUCAAUGGACUCAUGAACAAGCUUCCAAGGAUAUGUUUGAUUAUCUGGUUGAAAAGAAUAACUUGCAAGAAGUGUUCAAGAGUCAUGGGCUGAAUGAGACUGACAUGGUAUUCAUCAAAGAACUGAUCACACCAAACAUGGGUAAGGAUGGGAAAUGGCUUCAUCGUGGCAGGCCAAAAGAAAAAGCAUAUCUGUAUGAGAUUGUUGCUAAUAAACGCAACAGUAUCGAUGUUGACAAAUGGGACUACAUGGCAAGAGACUGUCAUCAGCUGGGAAUUCGCAACAACUUUGACCAUUUGCGCUUCAUCCAGUUUGCCAGAGUCAGUGCACUAGACGACCAGCUUCAAAUUUGUUUGAGAGACAAGGAAGUCUUGAACCUGUACAACAUGUUCUCAACACGCUAUACACUUCACAAAAUUGCUUAUCAACAUCAAGUGUCUAGUUCAAUGGCCUUGAUGGUGGCACAUGCUCUGAUCAAAGCAAAUGAUCAUGUCUUCAUCACUGGAAGUGAUGGCAAGCAGCGUAAAAUCUCUGAAUGUAUCAAUGAUAUGGAGGCUUAUACACAACUUACAGACAACAUUCUUUUCAAGAUUCUUGACACCGAGAGUGAAGCAGAUGACAUGAAAGCAGCCAAGGGCCUAAUUACGCGUCUGUUGACUCGAGAUCUGUACAAGUGUGUAUAUCACAGCAAGCCAAUAGAUCCUAGGAGAAUGACAGAAAGAAAUGUGGCAACUAUUUCACAAGAGAUCAUAAAAUUAUCUGAUAACAAGCUGACUGAAGAUGAUUUUGUUGUUGAG